AUGCGGUGCGCGAGCAAGGCCGCCGAGAGCGCGUCCACACGUCUCUGUGCGGACGCCGAAGCAGAAACCCCAGCAACUGAUGUCUCAUCGGUUGCUGAAGCGACUCAGCCUGUGUCACUUGGUGACGCAGGCGCUGGUCAUGAAGACACUCAUGUCUUCACAGAGUAUGAGCUCGGUGUCUCAUACUCUCCCGACACGGAAGACGGAUCCGUAACGAAGGCGGUUGAAUCUAAGCCGCCUACAAAGCGUGGUAUGGAUGAUGCUAUGCGUCGCAGCACCUUUGGUUCAUGUGACGAAUCAGAUGAACCAUCGCCGAAGCGAAGGCGCUCGAGGUCGCAAGACUCGGGCGCUCACAGAGGUGUCGGUUCUCCAAUUGACACCACUUCGCAGCGAGGUACCAGUACUUCUGUCUGCACGUCGCAAGAAGAGCGGUACUGCAACGUGUUGCGUCUCCCUCCCGAGAAGAAGGCAUGGAUGCCUCCAAAAUCCGUCAUGGAUCACUUGUCGGCGACGACGAGCGAUCGUUAUCAAACACGAUUGUUCGAUUCGUCAUAG